GUCCACUGAUUUAAACUUUGAAACUCAUUAGCACAAUUACAGCUUCCACCUAUAACUUACAAACUCAGUACCAAUAGAAAGACAAACAUAACAAUUGAAAAGUGGGGGCAGGGUGUGAUCACCCCUCAUACUCCUCCUUCCCACCCUCCUCCUCUGUGUCAUUAAUCCCCUCUCAUACCUUCCACCACUCCAUUUUAAACCCGCCCCGCGAACCUCAGAGAGGAGAGAGCCGAGGCUUCAGCAGCUGCUUCCUCCCGCUGUCUCUCUGAACUGAUGCAUUUAACUUUCUUCUCCGUUUCUGUCAUCAUGUGACCAUUUCUACAAAAACACAAUUUGCGUUGGAUUUGACUUUUUACGAGGAUUCGUGGAAAUGUGGAGUUAUCAAACAAAGAUGUUCAGGAUCAUCUUCAGUUAGACCAGAUCCUCCCUCCCUCCUCCUCCACCAUGAGCCUCCCGUCCAGCUCGGUGGCUGUGGCAGAUCUCUACAGCGACAGUGCCUCCCCGGUGUCUCUGGACUCCAGCGUUUUCUUCAGCGAGACGACGGCGUCCUGCAUCAGAGACCAGCUCGACUUCUUCAUCAUCAACGUUGGGGGAAGUCGCUACGUGCUGUCGCAGGAGCUGCUGGCGUCCUACCCGGAGACCCGGCUGGGGAAACUAGCCUGCUCCAGCCGAGACUCAGCGCUGGAGCUUUGCGACGACGCCGACUUCCUGGAGAAUGAGUUCUUCUUCGAUCGAAACUCACAGACCUUUCAGUAUGUGAUGAACUACUACCGGACGGGUCACCUGCACGUGAGGGAGGAGCUGUGUGAGAUCUCCUUCCUGCAGGAGAUCGAGUACUGGGGCAUCGACGAGCUUCGCAUCAACCCAUGCUGCCGCGAUCGUUACUACCGCCGCAAGGAGCAGAAGGAGACCCUCGACGUUCAGCGAGAGUUUCAGGCCGAGGACGAUGACGAGGACUUUGUGGGUGUCGCCUGCCCGGCUCUCCGCCGCCGCCUGUGGGACCUGCUGGAGAAACCAGAAUCAUCAUGUGCUGCUCGCACCUUCGGCUCACUCUCUGUCUUCUUCGUGUUGGUGUCAGUCAUCAACAUGGUGCUAAUCUCGCUGGACUUAGGGGAGGACUUCGGUGUGAGCGGCGUUGGUGCACCGCUGCUGUUCGAUGCGCUCGAGUACGUUUGCGUGGUGUGGUUCACGGGUGAGCUGGUACUUCGGUUUCUCUGCGUGAGGAAUAAGUGCCGCUUCAGUCGUAGUAUUCCCAAUGUGAUCGACCUGUUAGCCAUUCUGCCGUUCUAUGUGACGCUGACGGUGGAGAGCCUCCACGGAGGAAGCACAGAGCUGGAGAACAUGGGCCGCGUGGUGCAGGUCCUCCGACUCCUGAGGUCGCUCCGUAUGUUGAAGCUGGGACGACACUCGACAGGCCUCAAGUCUCUGGGUAUGACCAUCGCUCAGUGCUACGAGGAGGUCGGCCUCCUGCUCCUCUUCCUCGGUGUCGGCAUCUCCAUCUUUGCCACGGUGGUCUUCACUCUGGAGCACGACUUUCCGUCCACCACCUUCAGCAGCGUGCCGGCCGCUUGGUGGUGGGCGACCACCUCCAUGACCACGGUCGGCUACGGAGACAUCCGGCCCGACACAGCUGUGGGGAAGGUGCUGGCCUUCCUCUGCAUCCUGUCCGGGAUCCUGAUCCUGGCGCUCCCCAUCGCCAUCAUCAACGAGCGCUUCUCCGCCUGCUACUUCACCCUGAAGAUGAAGGAGGCGGCGACGCGGCACGGAGAGAUGCUGAAGAGGCUGGCCCGUGGCUCUGUGGGGGGGGCGAGUGUGGGAGAAGUGGGAGGAGGCGUGAACCUGAGGGACGCCUACGCCCGGAGCGUCCUGGAGAUGUUGAAGCUGCAUGGGCGAGAGAGGGCGAGCACGCGGAGCAGCGGAGGAGAAGAACUGUGGUGGUAGAACCGGGAGACGAGACUCAGACCGGUCCAGACCUGAUGCUCAGUGACCGCCCUGCAAAGGGGAAAGCUACGACCCCACAAGAGUCAAUGGUUGAAGGGUUCAUGAACAGGGCACUGACACCUCGCCGCUGUCAGAGCUGAUGUCCCUGGCCCUGACCUUUGACCCCUCUGGAGGUUAGAGCGCCCGAAAAGGUACAUUUGUUACCUGAGAUUACUCAAAUGUUCAGUCAAGUCAAAAAAUGUAAAUAUGGCUUCUUCUUGCCGGAAAUGUCGUAACCAAUUCCAUCUGAAAUAAAACUGCAGUGAUUAGUUGAUUAACUGAUUAGUUGAUUGAUAGAAAAUGAAUCUGCAACUAUUUUAAUAAUCGAUUAAUUGCAUGCAAAAUCUGUAAAAUAAGUAAAAUAAUUCUCUCUGAGAAGAAAUGGCCGAAGGUAUGAUGUGCACCUGCACUGAACCUCAUCUCAGAUAUUCAUUCCAAGAUGAUGUAAAUUUGGAUUUGAACUGAAACAAUUAGUUGAAUAAUCGAUUGGUUGAUUGACAGAAUUCAUCAAGUAAUCGAAUAAUGAUUUAUAAAGGAAAAGUGUCAAACAUUUUCUGUUUCCAGCUUCUCAAAGGUAAGAAGGUGUUACUUUUCUCUGUUUUAUGUGACUGUAAACUGAAUAUCUUUGGGUCGGAGAAAACAAACAACUUUGUUGGACAGUCAGGAAACAAGGACAUUACAUGCCGGUUCACAGGUACCCGGCCGGGAUCGAACUGUGGACACUGCAGCGAUGUGACAUGCACUGUAACCACUCAGCUACCAGGGCGCUCCGAAACAAGACAUUAAAGACGGCACCUUGUGGCUCUGGAAAACUGUUUUCUGAUGUUUUAUAGACUGAACGGUUAAUUGAUUCAACAGGAAAAUAAUCUGCAGAUUAAUGGAUAAUGAAAAUAAUGAAAGGUAGGUGCGGCCCUGAUCUGAGCUUUGUACAGUGGAAACAAGAUGCGGGACUCAAAUGCUGCAAAACGUUUGUGUGUUGAACUUGCAGUUCUACCAGACACUUUAAUAAGUAACCAGUCUGCCUUAGAGGUGCUGGUCUGUGGUCAAACGCAGGUUGAAAGUUAAAAGCAGAACGUUAAAAUAUUCAGUGGGGAAUCUGUGUGACGUCUCUGUGGUUUAACUCUGAAGACAGAUGCACGUCUCGUCUGUUUAGUGACUGACAAAGUGUAUUUUGACAGUCCAGUCUAUAUGCUAAACACUUCAUCUGCUUUUAGAAAUAAAUGUCAACAUUCUGUCUUUUUGUAUCACAAGCAAGUUUUAAAUAGCUGCAUUUUCUUCACAUCUCAACAUUUCAACGUGCAGCUUUGGCAGAUGAAGGAUUUCAAGUGAAUUUACUGUCCUGUCAUGAUUGAACAUGAGGUGACCUGUUUCUACAAAACGUACAAGUUAAUAACAAUCGAUAACUUAAUUUAUUAACUCAAUUUAGUAAGUAAAAUUUUACUUUUUAAAUGCAACUGUCAAAUUUUAUUUUCUGAUCUGCAGUUUGGAGUGAUUUGAAUGUUUUUAACAAAGACUAUCCAAACUAGGCACCACAGAACUACAUAUACGUUUUGUUACAUUAAACUAAAGGCACAUUGGGACUGAGCUUUAGCCUGUUACAUACUUUGUCAGAGGAAGAAUACUGAAGAACAAACACCAGUUAAUGGAAAAGUAAUUGUAAAUAAAGAAAUACAUUAUAAAUAAAUAUAUAAACUGUAUUGAUUUGCUAUCUUGACUAGUUUAAGAUAUACGCAUAUAGCUUAUCAUCUUUGUUUCAAAGCAGAAUUUGCAGCUCUGGUGAUUUUAAUGCAACCCUGUCCCCUGAAAAUGACCUUUAUAUGCUACUGAUUAGCAACAGCAAAUGCACUUUGAACUAAACAUAAUGCCGCUGGGAUUAAGAGGAAAUGCUUUUAGUAACAGAUCUGCAAAGUUGCAAAAUGUAAAGUAUCUGCAUAACAUUCACUGACAACAUAUUUAAUAACUACAGAAAGCACAUUUUCUGUGGAUAUGUUACUUGGUUGAGGUUUGGGAAAGUUCAUCAUCUUGAUUAAAUACUGAAAACGUGAAUGGUGUGCACGUUGGUUCCUCUGUGACCCUUUGCGACUGGAUGCGGACAAAUAAUGAAAAUAAUAGGAAUCUGUGUAAACAUAACGCAGCAACCCACACAUGUAAUUUCCCACAAUGCACGGUUUGCCGUGUGUUAUCAGAAAACAGGAUUUAAUGCCACAACAGCUCUCGAUUCGGUGGAAAAAAUCUAUUUCUGUGCUCCUGUUGUGUUUUCAGCCCUACAAAACAUCAUCUCUGUGCACCACCUUGGAAAAUACACCCUUCUCAGAGAGAACACACGCAUUAGUAAGUCAGAAGAAAACCCUACAGGCUGUUUUUUCAUGGUACCUUGGUGCUUCUGUGCUCUCUUGUAUAGUUUCUGUUAUCACUCUGUGACUCAGUCAUGCAAUAAAGGACAUUCUCCUGUGA